UGGCUGCUGGGAAGUCGGCGGACUGUGCCUGCGCCGAGGAAAGGUGCGUGUCCCCAGUGUCCGCUCGCCGAGUCGGGAUUGCGCCUCGCGAAGCUGCUGUGCGGCGUUCUUUUUCAUAAAGUGACCGAGGACACUGCGGCGUAAGAAGAGUCGGCGUGCGGUGGGGGCGGGGGAGAGUCGUGUAUGUCAUUCAAACCACAGCAAGUUUGAUUCAUUGAGCUAGCCGACGGUAGCCAUAUUCGUUGAUUCAUAUAGCACGCUAGGUCCUUUAGCACGCCUGCUAGCCGGCUAGCUUGCUCGGGAGCUAGUUUGACGAUCCAAGGGAGACCAGACCGCCGAGUCGACUGCUCAACCUAGCCUAGCAUUUUCGGGAAGGAGGCGGCGGGUGGCGAGCAGCAGCGGGGUCGGGAGAACGCGACGGCGUGGAAGUGUGCCAGGAGCGGCUGAUGAGUUCAGACCAGAGCGGAGAGCCGCCGUUGCUGCAGGAGGAGGCUGACCCCGGACCGAAGACCGGUGCGAAGGACGAGGCUCCGCCGAGGAACGAGGGAGGGUCAGGCGGCAUGAAAUAGGAAUAAAGCGACCAUAUUGUCACGAAUCGGCGGCCUCGUCAUUCCGACCCGAAAGCGGAGCUUAGCAGACCCAUUGUCGGGUAAAGUAAAAGGUGUUACCCCCCGACGAAAACAUCAGCCCUGGAGGGAACGUCUCCCCUGAUCUCCUCGACUACGGUCUGGGAGCCGAACAGCAGCAGGAAAGGUUACAUCUAAGGGCACCAGUUUGAACCCUAAUGCCAAAGUAUGGCAGGAGAUGCCCAUGACCCCCAGUGAAGCUGUAUCAAACAGCCCCCAUUGGCCCCCCUCGGACCUCAGUGAGGGUUACUCGGAGCCGCCCUUUGCCGGUUGCAAGCCGUACACUGUGGGAUUCACAGGCCUGGAUAACUGCAGCUCCACAGCAACAGCUGAGAUAGCAGUAAAUGGAAUGGACCCUCCAGAGUUGGGCUUUUCCCCUGCCGAGUGCACCACGGGGACCUCAGAGUCCAAAAUUGAAGAUCAGCCAGUCUCAUCUGAGAACCUACGUGAGUCUCUGAAAAAAGAGCUGGAGUUUUACUUCUCAAGAGAGAACCUCUCCAAGGACCUGUACCUAAUGUCCCAGAUGGACAGUGACCAGUUUGUCCCUAUUUGGACCAUUGCUAGCAUGGAGGGCAUUAAGGUCCUCACUAGUGACAUGGAACUCAUUUUGGAUGUGUUGAGAUCAUCGCCUAUGGUACAAGUGGAUGAGAAAGGGGAGAAGGUGCGCCCCAACCACAAACGAUGUAUUAUCAUACUGCGGGAAGUCCCUGAAACCACACCCAUUGAGGAAGUAGAGUCCCUGUUUAAAAACGACAACUGUCCGAAGGUGAUAAGUGUAGAGUUUGCACAUAACAACAACUGGUACAUCACAUUCCAGUCAGACACCGAUGCUCAGCAGGCAUAUGAAUACUUGCGAGAGGAAGUAAAAACAUUUCAGGGAAAACCCAUAAUGGCCAGAAUAAAGGCAAUCAACACAUUCUUUGCAAAGAAUGGCUACCGUAGCAUGGACAGCAGCCUGUACUCCCAGCAGUCCCAGAGCCAUUCCCAGUACAGCUCCCCCCUGUACAUGCAGCACAUCUACCCACAGCAGCAGUACCCGGUCUACGGCAUUGUGCCCCCCACCUGGACAACCUCGCCCACGCCGUACUUUGAAACUCCUUUGGCACCUUUUCCCAACAGUACCUUUGUGAAUGGAUUUGGCUCUGGACACUAUAAAACUGGCUCUGGUUCUCUUACAGUCACUCGACCUUUUAACAGAAAUCGUGUACCCCUCUAUUCAAGAAAGAAUGUAAUAAAUGCCUUCAGAAACCACACAAAACCCCAGGUUAGGCCGAACGAGUUAACAUCGUCCGUAACUCCUGUGUCAUUGGAAAGUCUGACAGGACUGCGCAGUCCACAGCCUCCUGUCCCUAGCUCUGCCAUCUCUAACCCAGCCCAGCCGGCCUCUGACCUAAGCUCUAUGUUCUCGCAUCUUUCUUCCUCCUCCUCAUCUUUGGACCCUAAUGAUGACAGUAGCAUGGCUGCACGUGGACGAAGAGGCACCACUUACAGAGGAACACGGAGGCGGCGAGAAGAUGACCGUAUUAUGAGGCCUGUACCGCUGGCUGAAGUAAAAGUGUCACCUCCCAAGUUUGACUUGGCUGCCACUAAUUUUCCUCCUCUUCCUGGCUGUGUGAUCAGUACUCAAGGAGAGCCAGUGCUCGAAAACAGAAUGUCGGAUGUCGUUCGCGGUUUGUACAGGGACAAGAUGGAACCGGUAAAUAAAGAAACCACUGUAAGCCCAGCUCCAAGCCAACCUGUGGUCACAGAAGAUAGUUUGACAAGCUUAAGUCCCACCAGAACAUCUGCAAAGCCUGUCACACAACCACUCGCAACUUCAGCUCCUAGUAUGGGGAGUCUGGAGAAGAGGGUUGAGCGACCGGAGCUCAGCAUUCCAAAAGUGACCCAAAGCACAGCACCCAUCCAAGCGACAGUCAGCCCGUCCUCCACACAAGCCGUGCCCAGCGCCAGGCCUCAAGCAACUACUGUCUCCACCCCAGUGAAGCCCAGCAUGCCUACACCUGUUCCUGCCACUGUUCCGACCCUUUCACAGGAGCCACGUAAGCUCAGCUAUGCUGAGGUGUGCCAACGGCCUCCCAAAGACCCCCCACCUGCAGCCCCUGCCUCGGCAUCCCCCAGCAGCACGGCGUCAGGCCAGCCUUUGCGUGAAUUGCGUGUGAACAAGGCUGAGGAGCCAGGCUCCAGCAGCGCUCCUGGAGACAAGCAGGAGAGAGGCCAUGUCAGGGAGGGUGGACGGGAGUUCAAAGACAGCCGGCCCAUGCGUGACCGUGACUUUAAAGCCCACUACCGCAGCAAUGGCCCCAGAGGCACUGGCGGGCUCAAGUUCCGCGACCAGAAGCGGCCGCCUCUAGCACGACGCCACUCUCCGCAGGGAGGUUACAGGCACACUGGCAAAGAGCAGAAUAUUCCACCAGUGUCGCCAAAGUAAAGACGACAAACAAACUUUAUGAAUAGAAAAAAAGAUGUAUGAAAAUAUACAUGGAUAUAUAUGUAUAAUUAUAUUAAAAUGAAUACGUUAAAAGCAACAACAUUAUGGUAGCUACCUUCCCCCUGGAACUUGUCCACAGAAAAGCUUUUAAAAGGGCAACAAGAGCGGGACACCCAGGACUGACGGGCAAAAUGGCGCCUGAUGAACUUAAAUGAGUGAUUUAAAAAAGGAAAUAUGAAUCGUACUUGGCCUUUAGCUUUAUGCUGAAAAGAAUUUAAGUGAUUUUUAUUGGAGGUCAUCUCAUUUAUUUUCUGCUUGGGAGAGGUAGGAUGCUGAUCUACCGGUUUUGAUUUCAAGACUAGACGUCAGGUCUGUAAGAACAUUAUGCACUAAAGGAAAACAUGCAUAUGUCAUGUACAUAUACAAAGAUAUCACUAACACACAAUGAGAUGUCUUUUUUUUUGUGUGUGUGCUUAGGUUUGCAAGUAUGACUGAAGGGUUGACUGUUUAUGCAUUGAUUGUUAAGUGCUGCAUUGUGCUGUUGCACUGAUUUAAUGAAAGGGUGUCAGAGAUGGAGAGACUCAGUCCUGAUACUGGACACCGUGCUCUUGUAAUGUAUAUUAAUAACAUGUUCUACGGCCGGGUUUAAAAUUACGAUGGUCAGACACCAGAAAGUGACGAUUAAUGAGUUUAUGCGCCUUUUUGUUUUCAAGAUAAAAUCCACCCUUGGCUGCGCACUGUCCUGUUGGGCGGUGUGGAUCUGCAAGCCUGGUCCAGAGUUUUCACGAUCAUUCUAAUAUCGCCCUGGAUGAGUACAAAACAUUGAUAAUCAGUCAGGAUCUCUGUUUACAUGUUUGUUUAGUGUAGCGAGAGGCCGAGGUGGUUAAAUGUGACUUGAUUUCCCUGGUGAGUCACAUGAUAUCCAGGUAAUGCUUCUAUCUGUGAACUGCAGCACCGCAUAUAAAGACUGGACAGUGGUUUUAGCUAAGAAUAAUGGCUACACUACAUUUGGAGGUCAUGGAUGUAAAAUAAUUGCCAUUGUUUUCUUGUGCUAUGCGCCAGCUGCCUGCUACAACAGUGUGCUAGGAUACAGUCGGCUAAAUAAUAAUGUAGUCUGUGGAGAUGGUUUGGCCCAGCAAAACUGGAUUUUGAAGAGACGGUAGAGAUAUAGUCGGCUGUGCUGUUAGUUCUUACCCUUCACUAGAGUGGGAGAUUUCAGUUGCUAUAGUAUGGAAAUCACAGUUUGAGGCUUCUGACCGCUUGUUUGUGCUUUUUAGGGUGGGUUUGCUUUUUUUUUCCUUUCUAACAUUUGGACAAAAACUAGUUUAGAAUGUUGAGGUUUGACUCACUUGUAUGUAUUGCUUUUUAAAUAUUUAUUUUAAAUGUUUUGGAUGCACAAGGCUUUUCUCCCAAUCUCGGAAGGCCGGUUUCCCCCACAGCUGUGCGAAAUCGCAUUGGCAAAAAUCAAAUCAUGCCUGUCAUUUGUAACUGUUGAAAAUGCUGGCAGAGAGAGAAUACUUGAUGCGUCGACUUUGAGGGCGAGAAAUACAGUAAUGUAACCGAUCACUGGAGCUAUUAUUUGGUUUUCAUGAAUGAGUUUUGAGCAGCCAGUGAUUUUGUCUAAUUAAAUAAAUGCACUAACAUCAAGAUGAAUUUGCUCAAAAUAAUGUGAAAUCAUUUUUAGAAGCAUAUGGUUGACUGGCUUGCAUAUACCCACCGAUAAAAGAACCCGCCACCCCUUUACCCCUGUCCUUUUUAUGUUUGGGUUAUUUUUGUUCAUUUUGAUUGGGAUUGUAAAAGGAAAUAUAGUUAAUUGAUCAAACAAGUGUUUGAGACACAAUCCUAGAACUGCAAGAAUUGUCACCAAAAAAUAAAUUAUUUUGAUUUGAA